GUGGCGGCGGCGGCAGCAGCAGCUGUGAUGGAGACCCCCACCCACAGUACCGUGCACCUGAGCGACUGGCAGAAAAGUUACUUUGCUAUUACCUCUGGCACCUGCACACCCGGACAGAAGGCAGAUGAAUACCGUGCCAAAAUCCAGCGCAUUCAGUAUGCAUGGGCAAACUCCGAGAUCUCUCAGGUCUGUGCUGCCAGCCUGUUUAAAAAAUACGCAGAGAAAUACUCUGCAAUUAUUGACUCUGACAACAUAGAGACUGGCUUGAAUAACUAUGCUGAAAACAUUUUGACUUUGGCAAAGUGUCAGCAAAAUGACAGUGACAAGUGGCAAUCUGCCUUGACAACAGAUAAUGUAUUUGAAUUAAAGUGUGUGCAAGAGAGGAUGCGGGCUGGCAAAAAUUUCCAAAGCUCUCAGAUGGCACCAACAGAUGCCUGCAUACUGGCUGAUAAAGGGGUCAGUGCCUCUGCUGCUCCAGGUCUUCCUAAACUCAGUAUCUUCAGCAGUGCCAGAGAGACUGAGCUCUGUGCUGGCUCAGCAAAAUGUGAAAGUCGGGGACCAGAUCUCCUCGAGCAUCCCUCAUCUUCAAAGUCUCUUCAAAGCAGUGUGCCUCCUGUGACCAAAACUUCAGAUAUGCUUCCUGCCUCUUCAGCCUACUUAAACGCACAGGUUCCUACAGGUUUCCAGGCAACUCCACUCUUCGGAAAUACAGAAGCAACAAGUGGUAGUUCUCAGAAAAUGUCAGGACAUUGUCGUGAUGGGCAGAAUUUGUCUCUUUCCAAUCAGUCAGCUGUACCUGCAUGGUCCGCAAGUUCUGGAAAAAGAAAAGCGUUUUAUGGUCUGUCUGAGGAAGGCAGCAUGGUGAUUCCUAACUUUGCUCCAUGCCAGGCUUCUGUUAGCACAGAAACCAGUACUUUUUCAGGGAAUAGAAACAGAAACGAAGAGAGCACUGUUCCUGGUUUUAGAACUGCAAAAGAACAGCUGUGGGUGGAUCAGCAAAAGAAAUCUCAAAACCUACCCCAGCGUGCACCAGUCUCGUCAUAUGGAGGUGUAAAAAAAUCACUGGGUGCAGGCAGAUCUCGGGGUCCGUUUGGCAAGUUUGUUCCUCCAGUACCAAAACAAGACAGAAAUGAAAAUGGAGGAGCACAGUGUAAACCUCAUGCAAGAGGAGCAACAGAUCCAUCGCUGCCUGUAGAUGAACGACUGAAAAACAUAGAACCAAAAAUGGUUGAACUCAUUAUGCACGAGAUCAUGGACCAUGGGCCUCCUGUCAACUGGGAUGACAUUGCCGGAGUUGAGUUUGCUAAAGCUACCAUAAAAGAAAUAGUAGUCUGGCCUAUGCUGAGGCCAGACAUCUUCACUGGGUUACGUGGUCCUCCUAAGGGAAUUCUUCUCUUUGGCCCCCCUGGCACUGGCAAGACUCUUAUAGGCAAAUGCAUCGCGUGUCAGUCCGGAGCGACUUUUUUCAGCAUCAGUGCCUCUUCUCUGACUUCGAAGUGGGUAGGCGAGGGAGAAAAGAUGGUCCGUGCGCUGUUCGCUGUGGCACGGUGUCAACAGCCAGCAGUGAUUUUCAUCGACGAAAUUGAUUCUCUGUUGUCUCAGCGUGGAGAUGGGGAGCAUGAGUCAUCGAGAAGAAUAAAAACUGAAUUUCUGGUCCAGUUAGAUGGGGCAACAACUUCCUCUGAAGAUCGUAUUCUAGUGGUUGGAGCAACAAAUCGACCCCAAGAAAUUGAUGAAGCUGCCCGAAGGAGACUAGUGAAGAGAUUGUACAUUCCUCUUCCAGAAGCCUCAGCUAGGAAGCAGAUUGUUACCCGUCUGAUGUCAAAGGAGCACUGCUCUCUAAAUGAAGAGGAAAUCGAACUCAUAGUUAAGAAAUCAGAUGGAUUUUCUGGGGCAGACAUGACACAGCUCUGUCGAGAAGCUUCUCUGGGCCCUAUCCGCAGUCUGCAGUCCAUGGACAUUGCAACCAUCAUGCCAGACCAAGUACGGCCUAUUGCUUUUCUGGACUUCGAGAGUGCCUUCAGAACCGUGCGGCCCAGCGUCUCCUCGAAGGAUCUAGAGCUCUAUGAAACCUGGAACCAGACAUUUGGCUGCGGUAGAUAAUUGCAUCCUAAGCAUUUCACUGAAACAUUUCUUUAACACUGUCAUGUAUUAAACCCAUGAUAAUUUAGGGUGUCUGCACUUCUUUUUGUUUCUGUCUUUUAAUUAAAUCUUCUUAUGUUAUGCAGGCAGAUGUCUAGGCCCUGGCCUGAGGUUUAGCCCACUGAAAAGACCAUGAGAAAUUGCUGGUCACAAUAUGAGAAAUUGCUGAACACAAGCGGCAGAGUGAGAAGCUGGCAAAAAUUACAGAUGGCUGCUGCGAAAGGUUGGCGAAUUUCACUGAUAUUUAAGGGUCAAACCUCACAUAUAAUUAAAGGGAGUAGCGGGUGGAAUCUUGCAAGGCCCACUCUGCUGUAUCAGUGACUCCAGGCUGAGGGGACCCAGGUAAUGUUAUCAGAAAUAACAGUUUUGGGUAGGGAUGUAGCAAAACCGGGACUGAUGGGGAAAAGUUAGGGGAGCGUUGUUUGGGAGGAGGCAGGAGCAGAGGAAGGAAAGAGUCAAGGUGGAUGUGGGAAGAUUAGAAGGGUGGAUAAAGGGACAGUCCCAUGUAAGCAGUGCUCUUGUCUGGUGGCUCUGCGCCACAUCACUGCAGUUUAUCCCGGCUUCUUAUUAAAUCCUUUUUCUGAUGAUUUUCUGCUUGACCUUGUUUUCUGCGCUGCGUCUGUGUGUUAAUGGGAGGUCUGAGCACCUGCAACUGUAGAAGAGGCCAUGGGUCACAGGGGCUGUAGGAUCUGAGGGCCAGCCAUGGGCCAGUGUGUUUAGGGGCAGGUGCUGUAGGGAUCCCUGUAGGUGUGAGUGCAAAUGGCACUAACAAAGCUCACUAGCGAACUUCAAGCUGGACUGGCUGGCAAGCAGGAGGAAACCAGCACCUGGAAAGAGCCCAGAUAUAAGCCAGUGGCAGGGUAAGGGGGCUCAGGGUCUGGGCGUGGAUUUUAGAUGAACUGAAAUCCUGUGGCAAUGUUUGAAGGCUCUGUGAGUGUGGUGUCCUUGUGAAGCUGGAGAGUGCGGUGGCCUGCAUGUCUUGCUGGUGCGCUUCAGUCCUGUUCGGCUGGAG